CUAUCCUUACCCAAUAGAUCAUGCAAUGUUUUAAUGCAAAUGUUUCAAUGCAAUGUUGGCGGCCUGGAACGUACGGUAUCUCAAUGUGCGCAAAACGCGGUGACGCCACGCCAGUAAUCCCAGCAACACGCGACCAGGAAUUACAGGAGAGGACAGGGAACAGACAGAAAACAACCGACUGCUUAUUUUACCAAGAAAAAAUGAAGGGUUCUGAAAACAACAAUUGAUUAAGGCGAGUUUUGGCGAGGUGGAGAAAAUAGAGAGUCUGUCUUUCUCUCCCCAUCUCUCUCUUUUUACAUCUCUCGAUGAGCGUCUGCAUGAACUAUACUGUUAGCUUGAUUUGGGUCUCUGUCUCUGAUGAGGUUACCGUUAAUAGGCUAGUCAGUGUAUGGAUCAGUGAUGCGACAUGUCCCAUUUAACAUUUCAGUAGAUUAGUUUAAAAAACGGAUUCAAUGCGCAUAUCUCUUAGCUUAUUUAGCCUAGCUCAACAAGAGCUACUGUUUACUAGGAGAGAAAGGGAGGAGGGUUAGCGUAGGCUCGUUAUGUAGUGUUUUCUCCCUAUAGCAACAGUAGUCUGCACUGCAGUGCUGUUUUAUAAUGCAGAGAGAGAGGCUGAAUCGGGGGUAAUACAGGCUAUAUUUAAAUGUCCAUAUUCAGAAUUAAAUUAAACAGAGUCACAUAGAAAGCACUGUUUCUAGCUCUCUCUUCUCUCUCCGGGGAUGUUGUAUUAUUCAACAGUAAACGGAGGAUGUUGAGAGUCAUAGGGAGAAAGGGAUAGAGAGGUCAGAGAGGUGUGGAAGUGUCCUGUGUGUAGGGGUGAGUCAGCACAGAUGGAUAGAGAAAGGGACAGUUUAUAGAAGGCUUAGCUUGGCUGAUAGAGACAGGAGAGAGUGGUGUCAGAUGUCUCCUGGUGUGUGUGUGUGUGUGUGUGUGUGUGCGCGAGCGCCUGUGUGUGUGUGUGCGCGAGUGCCUGUGUGUGUGUGUGUGUGUGUGUGUGUGUGUGUGUGUGUGUGUGUGUGUGUGUGUGUGUGUGUGUGUGUGUGUGUGUGUGUGUGUGUGUGCGCGAGCGCCUGUGUGUGUGUGUGUGCGCGAGCGCCUGUGUGUGUGUGUGUGUGUGUGUGUGUGUGUGCGCGAGCGCCUGUGUGUGUGUGUGUGUGUGCGAGCGCCUGUGUGUGUGUGUGUGCGCGAGCGCCUGUGUGUAUGUGUGUAUUGAUUAGGCAGAAGGUCGUGAGGUUGAGGGGAGCUCAACACUGGGCAGACUUGCAGCAGAGUGACACAGAGAGGAACUGAGAUGUACCACUGCUUUAACACACACAGCUGAAACCAGGACAAAACCAUAGAGUAUUGAAAGAGGGACGGCGGGUGAGGGGAGAUUGGAGGACGAGUGUGGGGGAGCAGCAGCCAUGGCAGAGAACUAUAUGUACCAGCGUCUGUCCUACGAGAUAGAAGAGGAGGAGAAGGAAGAGAGGAAGGAGAGAGUGGGAGAAAACAUGGUAAAGUCUUCUGUACUGUGUCAGACACUGGUUGAUGUUGUUGUUGGUAUGUUGACUGUGUGUGUGUGUAGAUGACGGAGGAGGGGACAGAGUGGUUGAUAGAUCUGUUAACAGACGUUCAGCUGCAGCAGUACUUCCUGCGUGUCCGUGACGAGCUGAACGUGACCCGCCUGUCACAUUUCGACUACGUCAAGAAUGAAGACCUGGAGAAGAUCGGCAUGGGGAGGCCAGGACAGAGGAGGCUUUGGGAGGCAGUCAAGAGAAGGAGAGCUCUCUGUAAACGCAAAUCCUGGAUGAGCAAGGUACAGCACACAGUAUUUCCAGGGAAAAGACCUGACUCUGACUCCGACCCACAGCAGCCCCGGGGGGCAUCGCCCACCUUGAUGACUCCAGGCUUAACCCCGUCCAGCGAUGGGCCGUCGUCGGGGGCAGCCCUGACCUGUCUGAUCCGGGAGGCAGAGCUUCAGCUGUGUGAACGACUGGGAGACGGAACCUUUGGAGUCGUCAGGAGAGGAGAGUGGACCGGACCGACUGGACAAGUGCUGUCAGUAGCGGUGAAGUGUCUGAAGACAGACAGUGUGUUAGACACUGAGGGGUUGGAUGAUUUCAUCAGAGAGGUGAACGCCAUGCACUCCCUCAACCAUCAGAACCUCAUACGGCUCUACGGAGUGGUGCUCACUCACCCCAUGAAGAUGGUGACAGAGCUGGCUCCUCUUGGUUCUCUGUUGGAUCGUCUGAGGAAGCGACAGGGACACAUCCUCAUCUCCUCUCUGUGUGGCUACGCUGUACAGGUGGCGUGUGGCAUGGCAUAUCUAGAACAGAGGCGGUUCCUCCACAGAGACCUGGCUGCAAGGAACGUCCUGCUGUCGACCAAUGAAAUGGUGAAGAUCGGUGACUUUGGCCUGAUGAGGGCACUGCCGUCACACCAGGAUACAUAUGUGAUGGAGGAGAGUCACAAGGUGCCCUUCGCAUGGUGCGCUCCAGAGUCAUUGAGAAGCAGAAGUUUCUCUCAUGCUUCAGACACCUGGAUGUUUGGAGUCACUCUGUGGGAGAUGUUUACACAUGGACAGGAGCCAUGGUUAGGACUCAAUGGCAGCCAGAUUCUCCAUAAGGUGGAUGUGGAGGGGGAGAGGCUGGUGAAGCCAGAUGACUGUCCCCAGGAUGUUUACAACAUGAUGCUGCAGACCUGGAGCCCUCAGCCUGAUGACAGACCAACAUUCACCGCCCUCAGAGACUUUCUAUUGGAGACCAUGCCUACAGACAUGAAAGCGCUGCAGGACUUUGAGGAACCGGACAAACUCCAGAUCACCAUUAAUGACAUCAUCACCAUCAUCGAGGGCAGAGCAGAGCUCUAUUGGUGGAGAGGUCAGAACAGAAGGACGUUGCGCAUGGGACAGUUUCCUCGCCACGUGGUCACGUCGGUCAGCGGCCUGUCGGCCCAAGACAUCAGCAGACCCCUCACACACUCCUUCAUUCACACUGGACACGGAGACACUGACCCACACAGGAGCUGGGGGCACGCUGACCGCAUAGACAGCUUGUACUUGGGAAACCCCAUGGACCCCCCUGAUGUUAUGGGAAUGGAUCCUUCCACUGCCCGGCCCACCAAACUACCCAACCGCACCAGGAAGCAGCCUCCUCCUCGUCCUCCCCAGCCUGCUGUCUUGAUCCAGAAGCCGUUCUAUGACUCUGUGUUAGAUGAAGAUGAUGAAUAUGAAGGUGCUUCGUUGGGGCUGAAAAAAAUGGGUGUGGCUAUGGGCCUUAAACUCCGCCCGUGGGAGGGGCCAGGUGUAAGGUCGGCCAAAAGCGAGGUCUCGCUCAUCGACUUCACCGAUGACAGCUUUAGCUCGGCCACGUCCUCCCCUCUCACUGAGACAUGCCUACCUGACCAGGACACACUCAAGGACCUUCCUUCCAUCCUAGACUGGCCCCUCCCUCUUCCUGCCUAUGACGAGGUUGCCACGGAAGCUGAGGGCCAAUUGGCAGACAUGGAGGUUCGAUCUAUCACUGGAUUGGCUGAGGGGAUUUUAGCUCCGCCCAGCACCGAUGCAGAGGGGAGGGGCUUAACACAGUCAGCUGAUCUGUUCCAGGAGCUGCAGAGAGAGGUGAUGGUGAAACUGCGUGUUCCCAUGACAGCCGGCCGUUCCCUCCCCUCCUCCCCCCUCCCCCUCUCCCUGGCCCCCCCGGCCCCUCACAGACAGAUCUACCUUCCUCCCCCCUCCUCCUCUUCUUCCUAUGAGGACAGACCCAUGCUACCUCCACGCUCCCCCAUCCCACCCCUCCGCUCCUCCAAACGCAUUUCCAUAGGUGAGAGGGAUGACACGCCCCCUCAGAUCCCUCCCAGAGACCACGCCUUCUCUCAACCCUCCUCCCGCUCCGCUUCCCCCCUUCCUUUAGUUCCUCCCCUCUCUGUCUCCCCUCUCUCCUCCUCCCCCCUUUGUCUCCCACCCCCUCCCCUCUCCGUCUCCCCUCGUCAGAGGACAGGGCUGUAUGGUGUUGUUGGUCCUCUCGGCUCUCUAGUCUCCUCCUCCCCCUCUUCCUCUCCUCCCUCCUCCAUCUAUUCCUCCAGGCUCACUGCUGCCCCUCCUCCCAGCGCUUCAUUGGAUCCCCUUAUUGACAGCUCUCAGAGUUCUGAACGCCCCGCCUACCUGGAGAGAUAUGGAGCUGCCAAAAUGGCCACUGUCCGACCCAUGAUGAAACAGCAACCAGGUGGGGGUGGGGCAAGGCCUAACACCUCUUUCAACAACAACAACCACAGGACUCAACAUUUAACUACAGCUCCCAGCAGGCAAUGGGAGAACAGCCUCAUUCAGGUGCAGGGGGCAGUGCAUGGUGUGACAGCAGAGGAGUGUGAAGUGGCUCUGGAGACUCACAGCUGGAAUAUCCCUCAGGCCAUAUGCCAACUAAAGGUUGAACAGUUGUUUCGCCUGGGUCUGCGUUCUAGAUCAGAGUGCCAGGAGGUUCUAGAGCGUUGCCAGUGGAACCUAGAACAGGCAAGCAUCCUGCUUCUGGACUCUUAUGGGAAAGUAGGCUGAGACAGACUCCAGGACUACUGACCUAUAACCCCACAGAUCUAAACCUACAGACCAGAAACUGCAUACAUUUCCCUGUAAAUACAUACAUUUAACCCUACAGACAGGAAACUACAGACAUUUCCUUAUAAUUACAGACCUCGAACCUACAAACUGGAAACUACAGACAUUUCCCUGUAAUUACAUACAUUUAACCCUACAGACCUAAACCUACAGACAGGAAACUACAGACGUUUUCCUAUAAUUACAGACCAUUAACCACCGAUCUAAACCUACAGACCAGCCCACCUGUGUACUAGAGAACUGGGCAGGCCAUAGAAAUAUACUUAAUAGAACAGACAUGGCUGAGUCCUACGAAGGGAAACACUGGACAAGCACACAACUGCAUGCUCAGUAGUUAAGUUAUUACAGUGCCUUGCGAAAGUAUUCGGCCCCCUUGAACUUUGCGACCUUUUGCCACAUUUCAGGCU